AUGUAUUACAACCUCUCCUCGUCAACCACCAGCCUGUCCAUGUAUUAUCACCUCUUCUCGACAACCACCAGCCUGUCCAUGUAUUAUCACAACCUCUCCUCGACAACCCCCAGCCUGUCCAUGUAUUAUCACAACCUCUCCUCGACAACCACCAGCCUGUCCAUGUAUUACAACCUCUCCUCGACAACCCCCAGCCUGUCCAUGUAUUACAACCUCUCCUCGGCAACCACCAGCCUGUCCAUGUAUUAUCACAACCUGUCCUCGACAACCACCAGCCUGUCCAUGUAUUACAACCUCUCCUCGACAACCACCAGCCUGUCCAUGUAUUACAACCUCUCCUCGGCAACCACCAGCCUGUCCAUGUAUUACAACCUCUCCUCGACAACCACCAGCCUGUCCAUGUAUUACAACCUCUCCUCGGCAACCACCAGCCUGUCCAUGUAUUACAACCUCUCCUCGGCAACCACCAGCCUGUCCAUGUAUUACAACCUCUCCUCGGCAACCACCAGCCUGUCCAUGUAUUACAACCUCUCCUCGGCAACCACCAGCCUGUCCAUGUAUUACAACCUCUCCUCGGCAACCACCAGCCUGUCCAUGUAUUACAACCUCUCCUCGGCAACCACCAGCCUGUCCAUGUAUUAUCACCUCUCCUCGGCAACCACCAACCUGUCCAUGUAUUAUCACCUCUCCUCGACAACCACCAGCCUGUCCAUGUAUUAUCACAACCUCUCCUCGUCAACCACCAGCCUGUCCAUGUAUUAUCACCUCUCCUCGGCAACCCCCAGCCUGUCCAUGUAUUAUCACCUCUCCUCGGCAACCACCAGCCUGUCCAUGUAUUAUCACAACCUCUCCUCGACAACCCCCAGCCUGUCCAUGUAUUAUCACCUCUCCUCGGCAACCACCAGCCUGUCCAU